UCAACUGUGUCAUGUCAAGUGUUGUCCGAAAGAAAACCACGAAGUGAAGGAGUGAACCCGAGGGAGGUUUCAGGAGCAAACGCCAGAGAAAAGAAUCAAACUUUAUCAGUCUCAGUGAGGAGUUUAGCUCCUCUCUCCUCUGUGUCUCCUCUGUGGGCGAGUUUUCAUCACACAUUUCCUGCAGAAUAGAGGAGAAGGAAGCGAGGAAAGAGAAACGAGACACGGCCCCUGUGGUGUUUGUGCUCCAGCGCUGUCAUCAUUACAUAGAUGAAGGGCCUCCAACCUGAAACAUUUUCAGGGUUGUGUUGUAGCCUGUACCUGGUCAGUCUGUGUAAACUGUGACUGUAGCUGAAUUCUUUCUGAGAGGAUUUGACUGCAUUGAGAAUCUGCUGCAGAACAUGAAGCCAAAACCACUGCAAAAAAAAAGACCCCACAGCUGUGCUCUUGGACAUGGGCUCCCUGACUGAAGAACUGAUAUGUUUAGAUCCUCUGUUCCUGGUUCUUCUCGGUCACACUGGUGUUGGGAAAAGUGCUUCAGGAAACACCAUCCUCCGGACAGUGGGGUUUGAGUCGAAGCGUUCCUUCAGAUCAGUGACCACAGAGAUCUCUGAGCAGACAGGGACAGUGGGCGGUCAGGAGGUCACAGUAGUGGACACUUCUGGAAUAAUGAACUCUUUUCAGGACGUCAGAAAGUUCUGCCAGAUUGACCGCUUCACAGAGGAACAAUACGAGGCUCUGAGGACCACGAUGAGAGCUGUGGGAGAAGAGGGUCUGAGCAGAGCUCUCCUGCUCUUCACUGGAGCAGAUGCUUUAGGAACCAUGACUCUGGAGCAGUUCAUAAAUGAAGACCCAGACAGUCCUCUGGUGAAGAUGGUGCAUAAGUUUAGAGGCAGAGUUCAUAUGUUCAACAACACUCCAGGAGGACCAGAGAAGAACCAGCAGCAGGUCCUGCAGCUCAUGAGCAAGAUCCAACAAAUGAGUCAAGGAGUCAGACCAGUGAGACCUGAGGCAGCUCCAGAGGCAGCUCCAGAGGCAGCUCUUCAGCACCAGGGCCCAGAAAACCAACAGAACCCACAGAGACUGGAGGGAGCCUGGAGACUGGAGGAGGUGCGUCUGGUUCUUCUGGGUUUGCCUGGAGCAGGGAAGAGCUCCUUUGGAAACACCAUCCUGGGCUCUGAGGUCUUUAAAGCAAGUUGUAACUUUGACCCUGUGACCUUAGAGACCAGGAAGAGAUCAGCUGAGGUGGACGGGCGCCGGGUCACUGUGGUGGACACUCCGGGGGUUUCUGAUAGAAGUCUUAAACCAAAGCAGUUAUUUGAACAGAUCAUGUCGUCCAUUGAAAAAGCAGCUCCAGGGCCACAUGCCUUUGUGAUCGUGGUGCGGAUCGGCAGGAUCUCUGAGGCUGACUGGCUCCUGUUUGAGCUUGUGCACAAACUGUUUUACAAAGAUGCAUUAAAAGUCUGCCUGGUCCUGUUCACUCACGGAGAUCUGCUGAGGGGUUGUAACAUUGACAAUAUGAUUAAAAAAAAUGCCAAGGUCCAGGAGCUGGUGUCUAAAUGUAAAGGGAGGUACAGUGUGUUUCACAAGAGACUCUCAGAAGGGCAGGAGCAGAGGCAGGUGCAGAGGCAGGAGCAGGUGAGGAGGCUACUCUCUGUGGUUGACAGAAUGAUCAGAGAAAACCAAGGACAGCAGCACUACACCUCAAAGAUGUUUAAAAAUGUUCACUUCCUGCCCCUGCAGCUCUCCAUCCAGUGGCACGAGGUUAAGGACUGGUUUAUUGAGAAAGUUGGGGAAAUCUCAAAGAAAUCUGACACAGGAGACAGCAGCGGCUGAGUGUUUUUAUCUAGUUAAUCUCCUUUGGUGCAAAACUAGACUACACAGGACUAGACCAGGAUUAUGGGUUUAGAAAAUACAUUUUGAAAAUGUUAAAACUGUUAAAUGUAAAAAAAUAUCAUGGGGAGGAAGUGCUCAGUUUUCUGCAACUAAAACCUGGAACAGAUUGGCCCCAGCUCUGACUCUGUGUAAAUCCAGUCUCAAAACUCUUCUGUUUAGCUGCAGAUGACUGAAGGUUUUUACUCUGCACUCAUCUCUCUUCUUUUUUAAUUUAAAUUUUAUAAUGUUGAUUUAUGUUCU